AUGUCCCCUGAAAUAGGUUGGACUUCGGAAAACGUUCGACGAACUUUCAUUGACUUUUUUUCCAUUAAGUACGCUCAUGAAUUUGUCAAAUCUUCUAAAGUAAUCCCUCAUGGAGAUCCAACUCUCCAAUUUGUUAACGCGGGAAUGAAUCAAUUUAAAUCAAUAUUUUUAGGGAAUGUUGGGCAAGACACUCACUUCGCUAAACUAAGACGUGCUGUGAAUUCACAGAAAUGCAUCAGAGCAGGGGGCAAGCAUAAUGAUUUAGACGAUGUUGGAAAAGAUACUUACCAUCAUACAUUUUUUGAAAUGCUGGGAAACUGGUCUUUUGGAGACUAUUUUAAAGAAGAAUGUAUUUCUUGGGCUUUUGAAUUGUUAGUUGAUGUUUACAAGCUUCCUUUUGAACAACUAUACGCAACCUAUUUUGGUGGUUAUGCGGAUUCUGAUUUGCAACCCGAUUUUGAAGCUCGAGACAUCCUUUUAAAAUUUUUACCAGACCAUCGAGUGAUCCCCUUUGGGAUAAAAGACAACUUUUGGGAGAUGGGAAAAACGGGCCCUUGUGGGCCAUGUGUAGAGUUACAUUUUGACCGUGUUGGUGGUCGUUGUGCAGCUGAUUUAGUCAAUCAAGACGACCCAGACGUUAUAGAAGUUUGGAAUCUUGUGUUUAUACAGUAUGAUAGGAUGCUUUCAGGUCAGCUUAAGAGGCUGCCUAAAAGCCAUAUAGACACCGGGAUGGGCUUAGAGCGAUUACUUUCGAUACUCCAAAAGAAGCGUUCGAAUUAUGACACUGAUCUUUUCCUGCCCCUCUUCGAGGCCAUCCACAGUAGAACCGGCUGUCGAGCGUAUUCCGGAAAAGUUGGUCGGGAAGACGUCGAUAACAUUGACACUGCUUACCGCGUUGUGGCUGAUCACGUUCGGACGGUGUCCGUUGCAAUAGCUGAUGGUGCUCUUCCGGGGAAUGCAGGACGUGGUUAUGUUGUCAGGCGUAUCAUAAGAAGAGCCCUUCGUUACAUUAACGACAAGAUCUCCGCUCAUAGGAGUGAGCCUCAACCAUUUUUAUUGUCAUCACUUGUUUCCGUAGUAGCCAAAGUGAUGGGGAAUCAUUAUCUAGAACUUCAUGAUUCUCAAGAUUUCAUUAUCUCUGUGUUAAACGAAGAAGAACUUAUUUUUCAAAAGACUAUAACUAAAGGGAAGAAGCGAUUUGAAAGGACGGUAUCUCGACUUACUGGAAGCACACUACCUGGUGAAAUUGUGUGGGAGCUGUACUCCUCCUACGGCUACCCGCUAGACCUUGUGCGAAUCAUGUGUGAGGAAAGAAACUUAACGGUGGACGAGGCUGGCUUGGAGCAGGUUGCCCAUGAUUUUAGGAAGGCUAGCAGGAAGCUCGAAACGGGUGCUUCCGGUACACGUCUCGACCAGUUUGCUAUUAGUCAUUUAAAAAAUUUGGGUAUCUCUGCAACUAAUGACGAGCAUAAGUACUCCUUUUACAAAAACUCUUUUGGCGCAUAUGUAUUUCCUGCUGUCAACUCAGUAAUAAAGGCCAUACGCUUGGAUAAUCAGUUUGUGAAAGAAGCCGUGGAGGGCUCGACAAACGUUAUGAUUAUACUUAGCGACACUAACUUUUACGCGGAGAGGGGAGGCCAGAUAUACGACACAGGUUUAAUAUCUUUGGGCGACGAGGCCAUCUUCAAAGUCGAGAGGGUUGUGAAUGAUAGCGGGUACGUUUCACAUGUAGGCACGGUGGAGUUUGGCCGCUUUGCAGUCGGCAAUACCGUCUUACUUAACGUUAAUGAACAAAACCGCGUGCAAAUCAUGUGCAACCACACGGCCACUCACUUGCUCAACUUUGCUUUGAGAAAGUGUGUUGCAAAGGAGGUGGACCAGAAAGGCUCACUGGUUCUGCCCAGCCAUUUGCGGUUUGACUAUUCCUAUUCUGCCAAAGGCGGCCUCACCCGUCAGCAAGUCGCUGCUCUUGAAGAAACCGUAAAUGCUGUUAUCAAAAAGUCGGAGCCAGUCUAUAGAACACCCGUCCCAAGGCACACUGCCCAGGAAAUAAAAGGCGUCCGGUGCACUGGCGGAAACUUCCCGGAAGUGGUCACUGUGGUCUCCGUCGGGAUACCAGGAAACAAAAUAUUGGAAAACGUAAGAAGUGAUCUUUGGCUUUCCACGUCAGUCGAACUUUGCGGCGGAACGCACGUCAUCAAUACUAAUGAUCUUGAAAGCUUUGUGGUGUUAGCAGAUGCUCCCUUAAUGAGCGGUAUUAGAAGAAUUACAUGUGCUACCAACUCUGGAGCGAGCGAAGCAAUGGAGCACGGCCAGGAACUACAGUCCAUGAUUAGCGCAUUAAGUACGUACGCUGUUGAGACCCUCGGAACCCAUCUCAAUGCUCUUAGUUCAAAACUUAGCGAAGUUUCCUUUCCGCUUCUUACGGUUCUAGAAGCCAAAGAAGAGAUAAAAAGAUACAAAGGUUUCUUCGAUGCGUGGGAUAUCAAAAGAAAAAAAGCCCAAGUCAAUCUCGCUGUGUCUACCGUGAAGGCGCUGCUUAGUGGCAAAGAACCCUUCUACGUUUGCCCAGUGGAUGUCGGGAGAAAUGAAAAGGCACUUGACGAAGCUGGAAAAGAAAUCAAAAAACGAACCCCGGAUGCCCCGUUCUUGAUAAUAUCCCGCGACUCCGAAAAGGUCACUCUGCUCUCCUACGUCCCUCCUCUUAAAGUCAAACCAGACUUGUUCACUGCAAAGUUGUGGGCAGAGGCGGUGGUCGCGUGCAUAGAGGGCAGAAGCAAUGGGACAGACACAAUAGCUAGAGGUCACGGCCCUUCAGUGCUGCAUUAUGAUGAGGCUCUGAGGGUAGCCCACCACUUUCCUAAAGCCUAUGUUUGAUCUACUU